AUGGCAGAAAAACGGAAACUUAUGCAGGAGAUUGAAAGAACAAUCAAAAAAAUUGAUGAUGGGAUGGAGGAAUUUGAUAAUAUUAUGGAAAAGAUGCGGGAUGCCAUUUCAGAUAAUCAAAGAGAAAAAUUACAAGAUGAUCUUAAAAAAGAAAUUAAAAAAUUGCAGAGGUUACGCGAUCAAGUCAAAGGAUGGGUUAAUUGUUCAGAAAUCAAAGAUAAAGACAAUUUGUUACGUUAUCGAAGGCUUGUAGAAUUAAAAAUGGAAGAGUUUAAAGAUAUUGAACGGGAAAAUAAAACUAAACCUCAUAGUAAACAGGGAUUAAGUGCUGAAGAAAAGGUUGAUCCAAGAGAAAAAGAGAAACAUGAUGUUAUGGAUUGGUUGUCGACACAAAUUAAAAGUUUGCAGGAUCAUAUGGAUCAAACAGAAUCAAAAAUAGAGUCACUAGCGAAUGUUGACAAUGGGAAAAGAAGAAAAGGAAAAGAUGACUCAAAAAAAGGUGCAAAAGAGAAACAAGCAAAAGUUGAGGAACAUAGGAAACAUCUAGAACGAUUAAAAUAUCAUCAAUCAAAUUUGGAAAUAUGUAUGAGACUUGUAAAUAAUGAAGAAUUAGCGCCGCAUGUAAUUAAGGAACGUUUGCAAGAUGAUAUUGAAGCAUAUGUAGAAGCAUUAGGAAAUGAUGAGGAUAUGGAAUCGUAUGAUCCCGAUGGUAUUUAUGAUGAUCUAGAUUUAAGUGCAUUUAACGCUCAUAAUAUUGCUGGGGUUCAUGUGGCAACAGAUGAAGAUCACCUUAAACAAGAAAAUGGUGAAGUUAGGCCUUUAGUUCUUUCUAGUGGUGAAAUUUCACCGGGAUUACAGUCUCCAAAACAAGAAGAAAAGGAGAAACAUUCUAAUGGAGAAAGAAAGAACUCUACCUCCCCAGCAAUGGUAAUAAAAUUUGUCGCACCUCUUAAGAUGCCAGGAUCCAGACAAAUUUCCGGUGAAUCUUCGGUUGCUUCUCCACCAUUACCUGUAACACCACCGCCACCACCAAGUGUUCCGUAUAAUUCUGUUGCUGCCGGGAGAAUGACAGCAUCUGGGACAAAAGUUGCUUCUGAAAAUCACGUUCCCUCAACACCAGUUAGUAGUAAAUCUGAAAAAACUUCAAUUCCUACAACUCCAUCAACACCUGGUCUCUUUUCUUCAGUUGCUGCUGCAGGAAUUAAUAGUACGAAUCCUGUUAAACCAAUGGUCAAUGUUAAUGAUGAAAAUUCUGCUCCAUCUAUAUUAUCGAAUGACACAACAACAUCGUUAGAUAAUUUGGCCAGAAGGAGGCAAAUUGCAAAUGGAAAUAGUUCUAUACAUGAUGUGCUAGCAACAAAAAGUUUUAGUUCCUCGUUACAAUCAACAACAGGUAAUAAAGAAGAAAAUUUAAUAUCAAUUCAACAACAAAUCUCACCAAAAGAACAAAAUACAUUACCGGUUAACUCUAUGAUGUCUAUAGAUACAGAAAAUGAAAUUAUAGAUAAUGAUGUAAUGGAACAAGCUAUAGCAGCAACACAACAUAUGAAAAUUUCAAUGAAUGCAGGUUAUCAUGGAUCAACAAGUCAAAUAGGACCAUUUCAUAAAUCACCACCACGCCUUGAAGAUUUACAAAUUUUAAUAGAUUUGGCUUUUGAAAAAAUGCCUCAACAGACAGAUUCGGAAUUUGCAAGGUCAUAUCUACCUAGAGUUCCUGUUAAUUCAACAAUAAUUAGUUAUCCGCGUAGUGUUCAUCCAACAAUGGAAACAUUAGAUUAUUAUCUCAGGUUAAGUGUAGAGUCGUUAUUUUUCACAUUUUAUUAUAUGGAGGGUACACGAGCGCAAUUACUAGCAGCUAAAGCAUUAAAAAAGCAAUCGUGGAGAUUCCAUACAAAAUAUAAUAUGUGGUUUCAAAGGCAGGAAGAACCUAAAACAAUAACGGAUGAGUAUGAACAGGGUAGCUACUUGUAUUUCGAUUUUGAAAGAUGGCUUCAGAAAAAGAAGGAUUCUUUCAUUUUUCAAUUUCAAUAUUUGGAAGAUAUUGAUCUUGAUGUGUGA